AAAUCUCUAAUUUUUCUCCUGCAUCUUCGUCUCAGCCCUCCACCAAAUCAGCCUCUCUCUUUCCUUUCGCUUCUCCAGCACCGGACUCAGCUCCAUCCCCGGCUCCUCUUCCAGUCUUGCUACCGCCGGUGCCCUCCACCACUGCCAACCCACCUCUGCAGGACUUCAUCAUCCCCAUCUCGCAGGAAGCAUCGCCUCCCACUGCUUGCGGUCCAGAUCUGGGUUCGUCUCCCCCAUGCUCAGGUAUUUCUUGCCCUCUUACUACCUCCCCUGUUGCCGUUGAUUCCCUUCCCUCUCCCUCUCCCUCUUCCUCGUCCCCGUCCCCUGUCUCCCCCUCGUCACCAGCCUCUGUCUCGCCUUCUCCAGUCCCCUGCUCCCCCUCAACCAGUCCAGCCCCAAUCCCCCCCUAACCAGCACCGCCCAACACCCACCGAACUCACCCUAUGGUCACCCGCUCCCUCAAUCACAUCUUCAAACCAAAACAGAUGCAUCUUGCCACCAAAUAUCCUCUCCCCACCACUGUUGAGCCCUCAUGUGUGAGCCAAGCCUUGAGCCAUCCCCAAUGGCGAAGGGCUAUGUCUGAUGAGUUUGAUGCUCUUGUUCGCCAAGGGACUUGGGAUCUGGUUCCGGCCUCUCCGACCCAGAAUGUUAUUGGAUGCAAGUGGGUGUUUCGGUUGAAAAGAGGAAAAAAUGGUGAAAUUGAGCGCUACAAGGCGCGGCUAGUGGCCAAAGGCUUUCAUCAGCGGCCUGGUCACGACUAUUCCAAUACCUUUAGCCCUGUUAUAAAACCCACCACCAUCCGCACUGUGCUCACCAUUGCUGUCAGUCAAGCCUGGCCAAUUCGGCAACUUGAUGUGAAUAAUGCGUUUCUCCAUGGCUUUGUUGAGGAAGACUUAUAUAUGGCUCAACCGGCCGGCUUCAUUGAUCAAAAUCUUCCUCAUCAUGUCUGUAAAUUGAAGAAAGCCAUCUAUGGACUCAAGCAGGCUCCCCGCGCUUGGUAUACGGAACUGAAGCAAUUCUUGCUUGCUUGUGGCUUGGUUAACUCUCGCUCUGAUUGUUCCUUGUUUAUUUAUAAUAAAUCCGGGAUUAUUAUCUAUGUGUUAGUUUAUGUUGAUGAUCUACUGAUUACUGGCAACAGUACUGCUUUCAUCUCAGAUUUAAUCACCAAGUUGGGGCAGAAAUUUUCAUUAAAGGACCUUGGUGAACUUAGUCUGUUUUUGGGUGUUGAGGCCGUUAAAACUUCUGCCGGUUUAUUUCUCUCUCAGCACCGAUAUAUCAAUGAUCUCUUACAAAAAAGCAAAAUGGAUGGUGCCAAAACCGUUGCCACACCAAUGUCCUCCUCGGGUUUGUCACCUCAGAGUGGUUCUCCUCUUCUCUCCGAUGCUACAGCUUACAGGCAAUUACUGGGCUCUUUACAGUACUUGUCCUUAACUCGUCCUGACAUCUCAUUUGCAGUAAAUAAGUUGUCUCAGUAUAUGCAUUGUCCCACUGAGUUGCACUGGCAGGCAGUCAAACGGAUUCUACGGUAUUUGAAGGGCACCAUGUUCCAUGGCUUAAUGAUACGAUCCAGCUCUAGUCUCGCCCUCCAUGCUUUUAGUGAUUCUGACUGGGCAGGUGACAAGGACACCUUUGUUUCUACUACCGGUUAUCUUGUCUUUCUCGGUGCCACACCUAUAUCUUGGAAGGCUAGCAAACAAAAAGCCAUUGCUCGAAGCUCUACCGAGGCAGAGUAUAGAGCCUUGGCCGCUGCUUCCUCUGAGUUAGUUUGGGUCCUCCAUUUGUUGAGUGAGCUUGGUCUUCCUUCUGGUACUCCACCUGUUCUCUACUGUGACAAUGUUGGUGCUACCUACCUCAGCAGUAAUCCAGUCAUGCAUUCCCGUAUGAAGCACAUUGCAAUUGAUCUCCACUUUAUUCGUGAUUUAGUUGACAAGAGAAUUCUUUGUGUUUCUCACAUUGCCUCAGCAGAUCAACUUGCAGAUGGGCUAACCAAACCAUUACCUUCCUUCCGCUUUGCCUUGCUACGGUCCAAGAUUGGUGUCGUCGAUGGCUCCACCAUCUUGCGGGGGCAUAUUAAGGCAACUGCAGAUACUGCACCAUCCAUGGCUCAAUCACACGGGAAAUCAAAGUUGAAUGAUUCUCCGUCAAUGGCUCAAUCACCAGGGAAAUCAAGCUUAGAUGAUUCUCCCGAUUAUUCUGCCAAUCUGCAAUAAUUAAGAUUUCAUUCCUUUUGUAUAUUUCCUUUUCAUCAGCUCUUUCCAUAAAUGUAAAAUAGGGCAGCUUCCGUUUCUGUAUAUAUAUACAUGUAAAAACCAGUGAAUAAAAUAUCUGAACUUCU